AUGAAAACAGUAAGAACCGAUCCAUGGACUUGCGCACCAAUUUUGGGAGGAUUUUGUUCGAACAAUGAAACUUGUGCUGCUGAUAAUGCUGUUUGUGUUAACAGCGAAUGUAAAUGCAAGAAAGGUUAUUUUCAGCGGCCGAAUAACCAAUGCGUACGCAAUGUUUUGGGUACUCGGUGUGAAAACGAUGAAGCAUGUAAUCUUGUAAAGUUUGCAAAAUGUUCUGAAUAUAAAGUAUGCGCUUGUACAUCCAAUACUACUGCAAUAACUUCAAUUUAUUGCGCUCCAAUUUUUGGCGGAUUUUGCUGGGAAAAUGACGAGUGCGUGACACUUAAUUCAAUUUGUUUAAACAAUAAAUGUCAAUGCCACGGAAAAUAUAACCAAUAUACUACUGAAAAAGGAUGUGUAUCAAAUGAAAUUGUAUGUGAGGCAGAUAACUGGUGUGUAGUCGAAAAUUCUGGGUGCAUUGAUAAUUUUUGCCAGUGCAAACCACAGUUUGGAUAUAGAUCCAAUCAAUGUCUACCUCUUGCUCAUUUAAAUGACUUCUGUUUGCUUGAUUAUGACUGCAGAGAAAUAGAUCAUGCAAUAUGUUCAAAGGAUAACAAAUGUAAAUGCGAUGAAAACUAUGUAGCUGUGAAUCAAACUUCAUGUAGACCAAUUUCUGGUGGAAUUUGUUCAAAAAAUAAAGACUGCGGAAAUAUUAAUGGAGCGUGCAUUGACUCUAAGUGUGGAUGCAUGCCAUUUAUGGUUAAAUUUUCAAAAUAUUUGUGUUUAGCACCUCAAUUAGGGAUACCAUGUAAGAGUAAUGAGGAUUGUAGAAAAAUAUUAAACAGUAUAUGCUCCGACAAUGGAAUAUGUGAGUGCAAAAUAAAUUUUGGAGAAUACAACAGCACCGCAUGUGCCUCUCUUCUUGGAGAAUCAUGUUUUGAAAAUCAAUUGUGCGUCCCACUUCAUUCUAAUUGUAAAAAUGAUAUAUGCCUGUGUGAUGAUGGAUUUUUAGAUUAUUCUAAAAAAAAAUGUAUACCUCAUAGCUCGGACUGGGAUACCAUACUGGACUGCAUACCACAGUACAUAUUUAAUAUGUAUUGUGAAAAUGAUGAUAAUUGCAAGUAUAUAGCAAAUGCAAAGUGUCAGAAUGACACAAAUAUUUGUACUUGCAAAAAUGGCCAUGAGAUGGUUAAUGAGACAGCUUGUGCUCCGCUUCUUGAAGAAUCAUGUUUUGAAAAUCAAUUGUGCGCCCUACUUCAUUCCAGUUGUAGAAAUGAUAAAUGCAAAUGUAACGAUGGAUUUAUACAAUAUUCCAAAGAAAAAUGCUUACCUCACUACAUAAGGAUGUACUGUGAAGAUGAUGAUAAUUGCAAAUAUAUAGCAAAUUCUGAGUGUCGAACUGACAUAAAUAUUUGUAUUUGUAAGAGUACCCAUAAAUUCUUUAAUGAAACAACUUGUGCUCCGCUUCUUGGAGAAUCAUGUUUUGAAAAUCAAUUGUGCGCCCCACUUCAUUCCAGUUGUAGAAAUGAUAAAUGCAAAUGUAACGAUGGAUUUAUACAAUAUUCUAAGAAAAAAUGCUUACCUCACUACAUAAGGAUGUACUGUGAAGAUGAUGAUAAUUGCAAAUAUAUAGCAAAUUCUGAGUGUCGAACUGACAUAAAUAUUUGUAUUUGUAAGAGUACCCAUAAAUUCUUUAAUGAAACCACUUGUGCUCCGCUUCUUGGAGAAUCAUGUUUUGAAAAUCAAUUGUGCGCCCCACUUCAUUCCAGUUGUAGAAAUGAUAAAUGCAAAUGUAACGAUGGAUUUAUACAAUAUUCUAAGAAAAAAUGCUUACCUCACUACAUAAGGAUGUACUGUGAAGAUGAUGAUAAUUGCAAAUAUAUAGCAAAUUCUGAGUGUCGAACUGACAUAAAUAUUUGUGUUUGUAAGAGUACCCAUAAAUUCUUUAAUGAGAUAACUUGCGCACCCUUGUUGGGUGAACACUGCAAGCCUAAUGAACAAUGUGCUAUAAAGAAUUCUCACUCUGGUUCGGACUUCAUUCCGAUAUCGUGUCGUGAAGAUAGUCAUUGUUCUAUCAUAAAAUAUGCCGUUUGUUCUUCUGAUGACAAUUGUAAAUGUAAGCCGAAUUAUGUCCCCCUCAGCCAUGAUAAGUGUCUAGGUACUAUAGGCGAAUAUUGUAAUUCCAACGCUGAAUGUUAUUCUUAUAACACUGUUUGCCUCAAUAAUAUAUGCCAGUGUUCUGAUAAAUUUUAUGCUUCUAGCAAAACUCAUUGUGAUCCAAAAAAAAAAUAUUACCCUGUAAAUGAAUUCGAAUGUCUUCUUUCUUUGUAUGGAGAUUGUCUAAGCAAUGAUGACUGUCGAUUAAAUUCCACUGUAUGCAUAUACAACCAGUGCAAAUGCCAAGAUAAUUUCAGCCCUAUUUCAGAAACUCAAUGCAGACCAGAUGAUUAUUUCUACCGUUGUGAUCAAGUAAUAGAUUGCGGCGAUCCUUGGCAUUAUACUUGUAAUGCUGAUAAAAAAUGUCGUUGCAAAAACAAUCAUUUUUCAAUAAAUAGAUCAACGUGUUCACCAGAUUUGAAAGGUUAUUGCUGGAAUGACACUCAAUGCACUACUCAUAAUUCUACCUGUGUUGAUUUUCACUGUAAAUGCAAUGAUAAAUUUGUUGGCGUUUCUAACAAUUUAUGUUUACCAGGUGUCAUUAUACUUAAAAUCCCCCCAGGACUCUUGUAUCUUUCAGUGGACAACGGCAUCCUCAGACUGGACCCACACGAGUAG